AUGGCUUCCACGAUGGCCGCCAAUGCAACUGGGGUACACAACGUACGAUCGAACCGCUCCAACAUGAGUUCAUCCGGGAUGAACAAUGACCGCGCUCGCGGAUCACACAACAACAGUGUGGGGAAGAGCUUCGUUGCUGGUAAGCCCAACUGGAACAACAUCUGGGGUGACUCCAACUUAGGAAAUGGAUUCGGGGAUGAUCAAAACAUCGGCGAUGCUGCGUUUGAAGGAAAGUCAGGCUCGGGUUCAUUGCUGUCGACGUCGGAAUCAGAUGGCUGGGCUGGACGCCCCAACCUGCCGUGGAGUACCGUGAACACCUCGUCCCUGUCCAUGAGCCAGAACCGAAGUGGUAUGGCCACCUCGCCGGUCCAGACUCGUGCGAAUGAUCGGAGUGCCCCGGCUCUUAACGACGCUGGCGAAUCCUCCUACUUCUCGCUGCCCCGCACUACUGGUAUCGGUACCUCCACUGGCACUGCGAGUCACCGACCCUACCUGAACUCUGGAUCUGAGGGCGUAUCGCCGUCGGGAGAUGGCAUGUCGUUUAACGCCUUCCCUGGUCUCCGAAAUGGUGACGGACGUCGACAGAUGAGCUCUUCUGGCCUCGGCGGCAGCCCCGUAGGAGCAACCUUCCCAACCAGCUCUCGCCCGGACGAGAUGGCCGCCUCGAUGGGGAUGGGAUCCCUGGCUUCUGGAAUUCCCGACAACAUGUCCCCUCCUCAGACACGUAGUGGGCUCUCUCACAUGUCUCACAAUUCGACCUCUUACGUCCCUCAACGGCCAGCUCAUUCGGCCCACCCCUCUUUCUACUCCGACAACCACAGUGUCGAGGGUCGCUAUGGCAGUGGCUCCAUUGAUCUUACCGGCGGUUUCAAUAAGCUGCAAGUAAGUGAGAGUGGAUACACUAACCAGGCUGGUGCUCAACGUCCCUCCUUCAUGCCCCAUGCAUCAUUUGACGGAUCCAUUCCCCGUGGCAAAUAUCAGACCAACGAGGAUGCUGGCUACCAAGCACUCGUCGGCUACGGGGCUGAAAGUGCUCAAGAUGUGCACCUCGCCUAUCAGGCACGGUCUCGGGGAGGUGAGACCGGAUCAAUCUCUCCCUCUGAAUAUGCUCGCAUGGAUAGCCCCCUGUAUGCUGGGGUUGGCGGUGCUGCCCAGUAUCGCAACUCAACUGGUGGCCGUGUGGGCGAUGAGAUGACCUUUGAGCGCAGACUGCGAGGCUUCCACGAUCAGGAGUUCGUUCCGGCCCAGGCUAAUUCGCUUCAACGGAUGCAGACUGCUCAGUCAUAUGAGUACCAGAACUUCCACGCUGCACGAUUGAACGCCUUGCAGGGUCUCUACCCCAUGGCCCAUCUCGGCUCAUUCCCUCCUGCCGCUUUGGCCCGCGCAGGCCGUGAGGACCCUGCACAGGUUGUUCGCAGCCCAUUGCUUGAGGAGUUCCGUGCUAACAGCAAGGGCAACAAGCGUUAUGAGUUGAAGGACAUCUACAACCAUGUGGUAGAGUUUAGUGGUGACCAGCAUGGCUCACGCUUCAUCCAGCAGAAGCUGGAGACCGCCAACAGCGAUGAGAAGGAGCAGGUCUUCCGCGAGAUCCAACCAAACUCCUUGCAGUUGAUGACCGAUGUCUUCGGCAACUACGUGGUGCAGAAGCUCUUUGAGCAUGGCAACCAGAGCCAAAAGAAAAUCCUCGCUAACCAGAUGCGUGGACAUGUGCUUGCUCUAUCAACUCAGAUGUACGGCUGCCGUGUCGUGCAAAAGGCCUUGGAGCACAUCCUCACCGACCAACAGGCUGCCAUGGUGAAGGAGUUGGAGAAUCACGUCCUGAAAUGCGUGCGAGACCAGAAUGGUAACCAUGUCAUUCAGAAGGCUAUCGAGCGUGUGCCAUCUCAGUAUGUGCAGUUCAUCAUCAAUGCCUUCCGGGGUCAGGUGAACCGCCACGCUGCGCACCCCUACGGCUGCCGGGUCAUCCAACGGAUGCUGGAACACUGCGAAGAGGCUGAUCGGGAAUCCAUCCUCGCCGAGCUGCAUGCGUGCACCUCGAGUCUGAUCCCUGAUCAGUUCGGGAACUACGUGAUCCAGCAUGUCAUCGAGAAUGGCGAUGCCAAGGACCGUGACCGUAUGAUCCAGAUUGUCAUGUCGCAGUUGCUGGCAUACUCCAAGCACAAGUUUGCCAGCAACGUGGUAGAGAAGAGCAUUGAGUUUGGCGACGAAGAGCAGCGCCACAACAUCAUCUCCACCCUGACUUCGCCCAACGAGCGUGGUGAGAGCCCGCUUCUCGGCUUGAUGCGCGACCAGUAUGGCAACUAUGUCAUUCAAAAGGUGCUUGGCCAGCUGAAGGGCGCCGAGCGCGAAGCCCUGAUUGAGCAGAUCAAGCCCUUGCUGAGCCAGCUGAAGAAGUUCAGCUACGGAAAGCAGAUUGUGGCCAUCGAGAAGCUCAUCUUCGACCCCAACUCGCCAACUGCUGGCCCGCUGCCACACACUACCUCCACCACACCCCCGAACUCUCACAAAUCCUCCCCGCAGCCCUUGAAGCGCACCAUCCCGGCUAUGGAGCAGCCUCAGGCUCCCUUUGUGGGCACUGCGCCACCCACCCCGCCCCCGACGGAAAACCAGAGCACCGUCGACGACUCUUUCGAGUCAAAGGGGCUUUGCAAAAGCACAGUGACCUCGGUUUCGAGUCCCGAGACGGGCAGCACCGGCGUCCCCGUCCCGGUCGAUGGUCACUAA